AAUCCUCCCUCCCAGGGGUAGCGCUCGAUAAUUCAGAGGGAAAUGGUGAGCGGGGAAAUGUGUGAGUAAUGUCUUGUUGGAGCCGAGAGCCGUGACCUGCCUGGGCUGGUAUUGAUCGAGGACCAGUGCCAGAUGGCUGCUGCUGGGGGGGGUGGCUGUGGAGCAGCCCCGGCCCAGGGGGUGGCAGAAGGAAUGCUGUGAGGGGGAUUUGGGAGGCUGGGGGUUUUGCUCUGCCCAGAUCUCUCCUGCCUGCAGGUGUGGCUGUCAAUGAUCUGUUUGCCCAUGGCUCUUUGUGUGUAACCCUGUUCUCUUUGCUCUCCCUUCCAGCAGCGAUGCCGUCACCUGGGCAGACCUCGACCACUGGAAGCCCCCCAAGGACGUAGGUGACCCCCAGGGCAUAGAGGCAGGGAAGAGCCUUGAACUGUGAGGGGCCGUUAACUCUAAGAUGUCCUUGAGCAGCGGAGCUUCCGGAGGGAAAGGAAUUGAUGCGAACCCGGUUGAGACGUAUGACAGUGGGGAUGAGUGGGACAUUGGUGUAGGGAAUCUCAUCAUUGACCUGGACGCUGAUUUGGAGAAGGAUCAGCAGAAGUUGGAAAUGUCGGGCUCCAAGGAGGUGGGGCUCCCGGCACCCAAUGCAGUGGCAACACUACCGGACAACAUCAAGUUUGUGAGCCCAGUGCCAGGCCCGCAAGGCAAGGAGGGCAAAUCAAAGUCGAAAAGGAGCAAGACUGGCAAGGACAGUGGGAAGCUGACCCCAGGGUCCUCCCUGUUCACUCCCGGUGAGGGAGCUGGUGGCAAGAAGGAGGUUCAAGGACGCUCUGGGGAUGGUGUGAACUCAGGUGGUUUGGUGCCCGCUGUCACCCCGAAGAGCUCAGAGAAGUCGGCCAAGGCGUCUCGCAGUGUGGCUGGCUCCAAGAAGGAGAAGGAGAGCAGCUCAUCCAAAAGCAAGAAGGAAAGGAGUGAGGGUGCGGGGGCUUCGACAGAGAAGGAGCCCAGUGUGCUGCAGCCCCUGGCCCUGGCAGUGAGGGUGGGACAGUAUGACGGGGGCCAGGGGACAGAGCCUGCUGCUGCUGAGCAGCUUGGGAGUAUAGCUAUUGACACAGGAGCUGCGCUCAAUCCCUUGGGAGUAAAGUCGGAGCUGGAGGAUGGAGAAAGUGAGUGCCGGCAGCUGAAAAAGGUGAAGUCAGAGAAGAUGGAAUCUCCAGUCUCUACGCCCGCAGUGUUGCCCUUGCACCUCCUCGUCCCGGUGGUCAACAACGACAUCUCGUCGCCGUGCGAGCAGAUCAUGGUCCGCACCCGCUCGGUGGGGGUGAACACCUGCGACGUGGCCCUGGCCACCGAGCCCGAGUGCCUGGGCCCCUGCGAGCCCGGCACCAGCGUCAACCUGGAGGGCAUCGUCUGGCAGGAGACGGAGGACGGGAUGCUGGUGGUCAAUGUCACCUGGAGGAACAAGACGUACGUGGGGACGCUGCUGGACUGCACGCAGCAUGACUGGGCACCUCCCCGGUUCUGUGACUCUCCCACCAGUGACCUGGAGAUGCGCAACGGCCGGGGAAGGGGCAAGCGCAUGCGCCCCAACAGCAACACCCCAGUCAACGAGACGGCCACUGCCUCGGACAGCAAGGGGACCAGCAGCAGCAGCAAGACCCGGGCAGGAGCCAACAGCAAGGGGCGCCGGGGCAGCCAGAACUCCUCGGACCACCGCACCCCGCCCGGCGGCACCAGCGAGGACGUGAAGGCCAGCCCCUCCUCUGUCACCAAGCGCAAGAGCAAACCUCUCUCCGACAUGGAUCUGAACUCCAGCUCGGAGGACUCCAAGGGCAGCAAGCGCAUCCGCACAAACUCCAUGGGCUCGGCCACGGUGCCGCCUGCCACGGUCAAGGUGGAGCCGGCCGUCCUGGAGCGCAACUGCCCUUCUCCCAUCCUCAUCGACUGUCCCCACCCCAACUGUAACAAGAAGUACAAGCAUAUCAACGGGCUGAAGUAUCACCAGGCCCACGCACACACGGAUGACGACAGCAAGCUGGAGGCGGAUGUGGACAGUGAAUAUGGCGAGGAGCCCUCCCUGCAUGCAGAUGUCGGGAGCUGCAACGGUGCUGCCGGGACACAGAAGGGCUCCCUGUCACCCGCUCGCUCGGCCACCCCCAAGGUGCGUUUGAUGGAGCCACACAGCCCCUCCCCAUCCAGCAAGUUCAGUGCUAAGGUCCCCUGCAAGAAGAAGGUGGGUGGUGGGGAAGGGGACACAGAUCUGGGUGCUCUGUCCAAUGAUGGCUCUGAGGAUGGUCCCUUGGUGGCUGAUGAGACGAGUAAUGAUGACUUUGACUCUCUGGAGAAGCGAUGCAUUGAUAAGGACAAGUCAAAGAAGGCCUCUGGUGCUAAACAGGAGAAGAUUCCUUCCAAAAGCUUGAAGUCUGCCAGACCCAUUGCACCAGCUAUCCCCCCGCAGCCCAUUUACACCUUCCAGACUGCCACGCUCACCACAGCCAGCCCUGGCUCCUCUGCUGGCCUCACCACAACUGUGGUCCAGACCAUGCCCAACAGCCCCCAGCUCAAACCCAUCCAGCCCAAGCCAACAGUGAUGGGAGAGCCCUUCACUGUCAACCCUGCCCUCACCCCUUCCAAGGAGAAGAAGAAGAAAGACAAGAAGAAGAAAGAGCCCAAAGAGGUGGAAAACCCUUUGACUCCUGGCAAAGCCUGCAGAGCAGAGGAAGGUAAGAGCCCUUUCCGAGGGGAAUCCAGUGAGCUGGGGAUGAAAGGUGAGGGGCUGCUGAACGGUUCAUCUGACCCCCACCAGAGCCGGCUCGCCAGCAUCAAGGCUGAGGCGGAUAAAAUCUACAGCUUCACUGACAAUGCACCCAGUCCCUCCAUUGGCGGGGCCAGCAGGCUGGAGAACACCAAUCCAGCCCAGGCUCUGACCCCUCUGCACGUUGUCACCCAGAAUGGGGCAGAGGCCAGCUCAGUGAAGACCAACAGCCCUGCCUACUCGGACAUCUCCGAUGCUGGGGAGGAUGGGGAGGGCAAGCUGGAGAGUGUGAAGGCAAAGGAUCCAGAGCAGCUGGUCAAGGAAGGCGCCAAAAAAGCUCUUUUCCCACCACAACCGCAGAGCAAAGAGUCUCCCUUCUACCAAGGCUUUGAAACCUACUAUUCCCCUGGCUACCCCCAGGCUAGCCCAGGACCCCUGAACCCUGGUGGGCAGUCUGCAGCUGAGACACAGACCUUGAAGCUGAAGAAGGACGAGGAGCAGGAGAACCCAGAGGUGAAGGUGAAAAGUGAAGGCUGUGAAGAGAAGAAGGCAGAGCUCAGCAGUGGCUCCAGCCAGCAGCCCUCAGUCAUCCAGCAGCGCCCCAACAUGUACAUGCAGUCCCUCUACUACAACCAGUACGCCUACGUGCCACCCUACGGCUACAGCGAGCAGGGCUACCACACUCACCUGCUGAGCACCAACUCUGCCUACCGCCAGCAGUACGAGGAGCAGCAGAAACAGCGGCAGAGCCUGGAGCAGCAGCAGCAGCGAGGGCUGGACAAGAAGGCGGAGCUGGGCUUGAAAGAGAGAGAGGUGGCACUCAAAGAGGAAUGGAAGCAGAAGCCGCCCAUGCCCCCAACACUGACCAAAGCCCCGAGCCUCACGGACCUUGUCAAGUCAGGCCUGAGCAAGCCCAAGGAGCAAGGAGGUCCUGAUAUGGCUAAAUCUGUCAUCAUCCCUAAACUGGAGGACUCGUCUAAACUGUCCAGCAGCCAGGUGGCCGAGGGGCUCAAGGUGAAGCUGAGUGAGGCUGGUCACCUAGGGAAGGAGACGGCUGAGACGAAGGCUGGCUCCGAGUGUGGCCGGCAAGCAGAGGUGGACCCUGUUCUCUGGUACAGACAGGAAGCUGAGCCCCGGAUGUGGACCUAUGUGUACCCAGCCAAGUAUUCGGACAUCAAGACAGAGGAUGAGCGAUGGAAAGAGGAGAGAGACCGAAAGUUGAAGGAAGAAAGAAACCGAAGCAAAGAAGCCUCGUCCAAGGAGGAGGGGAAGGAGAGCAGCAGCUCCGAGUGCAAGCUGACCCCCAGCGAGGAGGCUCGCAUGGUGGGGAAGGAGCCCAGGCCCAGUGUGCACGUCCCUGUGUCCUCACCCCUCACACAGCAUCAGUCCUACAUCCCGUACAUGCACGGCUACUCCUACAGCCAGUCGUACGACCCCAACCACCCCAGCUACCGUGCCAUGCCCACCGUCAUGAUGCAGAACUACCCAGGAUCAUACCUACCCUCCAGCUAUUCCUUCUCUCCGUAUGGGAGCAAAGCGUCCGGCAGUGAUGACAGUGACAAGUCCCGAGCCAGCCCCAGCGUGAGCUGUAAAUCCAGCUCAGAGUCCAAGGCCCUGGACAUCCUGCAGCAGCAUGCCAGCCACUACAAGAGCAAAUCACCCACGAUCAGUGAGAAGACAUCUCAGGAGCGGGAGCGCAGUGGCUGUGGGGUGGUGGGGGGCGGUGGGAACUGCAGCAGCGUCGGGGGAGCGGCUGCCGGCGAGAGGAGCAGCGACCGGCCCCGCACGUCGCCCUCCCAGCGCCUGCUCUCCACGCAUCACCACCACCACCACCUCGGCUACUCGCUGCUGCCAGCACAGUACAACCUGCCCUAUGCAACAGGUCUCUCCUCCACAGCCAUCGUUGCCAGCCAGCAAGGCUCUGCUCCCUCCCUGUACCCACCGCCCCGGAGGUGAGAACGGAUGUGACACACCGGGAUGCCUGGGCUGUACAAGACAUGUGACUGGCUCACAUGGAGAAGCGCUGGAGACUCCUUUAGACAUCAGUUGAAUGGUGUUAAUUGUACUGCUUGAUGUUCCUGCCAUGAUCCGAGGCAGACUCUGUCUUCUCCCCUGGUCGGACACACACUGACUCCACACUGACUCUUUGGUGAGUGGGUGAGCUGGUACCUGCAGAUAUAUUUAUUCUACUGAGCACCAGCACUCAGGGUGGAGGUGACUCACCUGCUAUGAAGAGGAAACAGAAGCACUGAGGUUUCUCGAUUAAUUUGGGACCCUGCCGUGUCUCUGUGAGCUGCUGCUUCACGACAGGACUGGGGGCAGGAGGGGGCUUGGAACAUAGGGCCGAGCCUGCUGUGUGGCCACAGUUUCAGGAAAGGAAGGAAGGACUGGCUCACAGAGCCUUGGUGGUGUUGGGGGCUGGUGUGAGCCAAGCAGGUGGGUGGCAGCUGUGGGGCUCUCCCGGUCCCUCAUCUGGUCCUGCACCCCACAGCACCCACAACUACAGUGGGUGGGAUCCUCCAG